ACUCUCCGUCAGCCUUUUGGUCUCUUCCUCUCCAGUCUCCACUGAAGUUUCUCUCGGUGUGUUCAAUAGAAAUAUUUCUCCAGAACCAUGAGGCCGAUUUUGAUGAAAGGCCACGAGAGGCCGCUGACGUUUCUCAAGUACAACAGAGAUGGAGAUCUUCUUUUCUCUUGUGCUAAGGAUCACAAUCCCACCGUCUGGUUUGCUGACAAUGGUGAACGCUUGGGCACUUAUCGUGGACACAAUGGCGCUGUUUGGUGCUGUGAUGUCUCAAGAGAUUCAAUGCGUCUUAUAACUGGAAGUGCGGAUCAGACAGCAAAGCUAUGGAGUGUUCAAACUGGACAGCAGUUGUUCACAUUCAAUUUUGAUUCUCCUGCUAGGUCUGUGGAUUUUGCUGUGGGCGACAAACUUGCUGUUAUUACAACUGAUCCCUUCAUGGAAUUGUCUUCUGCAAUUCAUGUCAAACGCAUCGCUAGAGACGCCAGUGACCAGACUGGCGAGUCUAUACUGAUCAUUAAAGGCCCUCAGGGAAGAAUAAAUAGAGCCAUUUGGGGGCCACUAAACAAAACCAUUAUUAGUGCUGGAGAAGAUGCAGUGAUCCGCAUAUGGGAUUCUGAGACAGGAAAGCUACUUAAGGAGGCAGACAAGGAAUCUGGCCACAAAAAGACAAUAACAUCUCUUGCAAAAUCCGCAGAUGGCUCACAUUUCCUGACUGGCUCCCUUGAUAAAUCGGCUAAGCUUUGGGAUGCCAGAUCGCUGUCUCUUAUCAAGACAUAUGUAACAGAACGCCCAGUCAAUGCGGUGGCCAUGUCGCCUCUUCUUGACCAGGUGGUGCUUGGAGGUGGUCAAGAUGCAUCAGCUGUUACUACUACUGAUCAUCGUGCUGGAAAAUUUGAAGCCAAGUUUUUUGAUAAGAUUCUCCAAGAAGAAAUUGGGGGUGUGAAGGGACAUUUUGGACCAAUUAAUGCACUUGCCUUUAAUCCUGAUGGCAAGAGCUUCUCAAGUGGAGGUGAAGAUGGUUAUGUAAGGUUGCAUCACUUUGACCCAGAUUACUUCAAUAUUAAAAUUUAGGCCUGGAGAGUGUUCUUUUUCUUUUUUUUUUU